AUGUUUGUAGCAUCCUUAACACCACAAAUUACUGGAACCAUUUACAUGGGUUUGAAUUUGAACCCAAAUGGAUCAAAGCUUUUCCAGACAACAAAUUCGGUUCCAUGGAUCAAGAAAACAGUUUCAAAUGGUUCUAGGGUUCAUUGCAUGAAGGUUUGGAAUCCAAUCGAUAACAAGAAGUUUGAAACUCUUUCGUAUCUUCCACCUCUUACAGAUGACUCCAUUGCAAAGGAGAUUGAUUACAUGAUGAAGAAGGGAUGGAUACCCUGUCUCGAGUUUGAUUCGGUGGGAUAUGUAUUUCGAGAGAACAGCCGAAUUCCGAAUUACUAUGAUGGAAGAUAUUGGACAAUGUGGAAGCUGCCCAUGUUUGGUUGCACAGAUGCAUCACAAGUUUUGACUGAAAUACAAGAAUGCAAGAAAGCGUACCCAAAUGCAUAUAUAAGGUGUUUGGCCUUUGAUAAUGUGAAGCAAGCUCAAUGUAUGUCUUUUGUUAUUCAAAAACCUUCGGCCCCAUGA